AUGUCCGUUCCACCACCAGACCCCGCAGGAACCCUUCCCAGAACCACUGGCCCUCUAAAGAACCGUUUGCCGAUAUAUAUCGGCGCCGGGGUAGCUACUAUCGCAGCAUACUAUUUCUACAAUGCCGGAGGAGAUGCAAGUGUUGCUAGGAAGAAGAUGAAACAGGACGCAUCUCGUGCAUCGGCAAGCAUCAGGGACGAGCUCCCUCACCGUGGCACAGAGAACAAGACUAGUGCUGAGGAGUCCAUGGCAAAAGCCGGCAGCGCUAUCGACUCCACAGUUCGUGAUGGUAAAUCACGCAUCACUGAAGGCCAACACAAACUCGAGGAGACGAAAGACAAGACCGGGAAGGCCAUCAUGUCGAAGAUUGACGAGGCAGAUCUUAAAAUCGAGAGCGAGUCUUCAAAAGCCAAGGGUGGAAUCGGUUCCUGGUUUGGCAGUAAAUAGGUCCGGAAUGAAAAGAAACGGUGUUUAUGGGAUGAAGCUCUUGUUUGUUUUGCCCUUCGGUUUCCUCAUUUUUUUUUUUAUUGAAUUAAGGUGGGAUGGGAAAGUGGAGACGGAAAUUAUACAAUUCCAGAAGUAUGCUGCAGAACUCUGUUAUACUAUGAAAGAAAACGAAUAACUGUCUCCCACAA